AAAUAGCUUAUGAACAUUUUAAAAUGGAUGAUAGCAGUUUUGAAAAUAUCAUCAAAGAUUGGUUUAGACACGGGAGUCAACGUUUAGCCCGUGAAGACAAAAGAUUAUAAAAUACCAUAGUAUUAUCCUUUUUAAAAAAGCAAAACCAUUACAUUUGAUGUCAAGAAGACAUUUCAAUCGUUACACUACCACUACCAGUAUUAAUAAAGAAAAAGUUGUUGAUAAUCAGUCUACAAUAUUUGCAUCUGAAUGUUUAGUACCUACAAAAGAAUCUGUAGACAGUGAAAAUGUACUACCGUCAGAUGAACAUGUAAAUACUAUUGAAGGCUUGGGUUUGGUAUCAACCGAAAUCAAUUUUGGUAAUAAUUUUAACGAUGUGAAUAUUCCUUGUGGUGUUGAUAAUAUUGUAAAUCAAUUAUUUAAAAUUAGUAGUACACCAUUUGAGAAUUGUUCUAGUUUCAAUAAAAAAUUAUGUCAAUUGAUUAUUAAGUAUAAAAUUUCUCAUAACUGUGUCAAUGAAUUACUUGAAAUAUUAAGAUCUGAAGGGUUAGAUGUUCCAAAAGAUGUCAGAACAUUAUUAAAAACCCCUAAGUCCAAAUCUCAUGAAAUUAAUCAAAUUGCAAAUGGGUCAUAUAUACAUAUUGGAGUAGAGUUUAUGAUUAAACCAGUUUUACAAUUAUAUUUUGAUAGUCUAAUACAUUUGGAUACACUUUUGUUGAGUGUAAAUGUUGAUGGUUUAUCAAUUACUAAUAGUUCCAAGUCUAGUUUUUGGCCAAUUUUGAUUUCUUUUAUAAACAUACCUAUAUUAGCUAAAAUAGUCUUACCAGUAGGAAUUUUUCAUGGCAAAAGUUCAAAACCUGGCUCAGUAUUUUCUUUUUUUAAUCCUUUUAUAUCAGAAAUGAAAUCACUCUUUUCAAAUGGGAUCCAUAUCAAUGGGAAAAAGUUUUUGUUUUCUAUUGGCCAAAUAAUAUGUGAUGCCCCUGCCAAAGCAUUUUUAUUAAAUGUAAAGCAAUUCAACGCUUAUCAUAGUUGUAAUUCUUGCAUUGAAGAGGGAACUUAUAUUAAUAGGAGAAUAUGUUUUUUGGGUAUAAAUGCACCAUUAAGAACCAAUGAGUCUUUUCGUCUUAAGAGUGAUGAACAUUAUCAUAAAGGUCUUUGCCCAUUUGAAGAAUUACCCAUUAACAUUACUUCAGUGGUAGUUUUAGAAUAUAUGCAUAAUGUUUGUUUAGGGAUUAUGAAAAGGCUUUUACAAUUCUGGAAAAAUGGUCAAAAGCCUGUUCGAUUUUUAAAUAAAGAUUGUGAACAACAAAUUUCAAAUGAACUAGUAAAUUUACACCCACAUUUACCCUCUGAAUUUAAUCGUUUGACUCGAUCGAUAGAUGAACUUGAAUAUUGGAAGGCAACUGAGUAUCGCACGUUUUUAUUAUAUACUGGUCAUAUUCUAUUAAAAGGUCGGAUAAAAUCUUCUCUCUAUCAACAUUUUUUACUUUUACAUAGUGCAAUUAAAAUAUUAAUCUCUAAUGAAACUUGUUUUUCCUUAAAUGACCAGGCCAAUAAUUUAUUAAAACAAUUUGUUCAAGAUUAUCCUAAUUUAUAUGGAGAGGAAUAUGUAACAUAUAACGUUCAUGGAUUAAUACAUAUAUCUAAUUUUGUAAAAAUACACGGUCCGCUAGACCAAUUUAGUGCAUUUAAAUUUGAAAAUUAUUUGCAAAUAAUUAAAAAAACCAUCCACAGUGCAAAAUUUCCCCUGCAAGAUGUAUAUAAUAGAGUCAUUGAGCAAACAUUUUAUUCAGAUGUACAUAAUAUAAAAUAUCCUAUACUUAAAAAAGAAAUACCGUAUGAUUUUUAUACACAUAAAGAUAUUACUAUAACAUUAUAUGAGAAUGUUAUACUUAAAAAAUUUAAAGUUAGCUCCACUAAACUGCGUGAUAAAUACUUUUUUUUGUCUAACAAGAAUGUUAUUGUAUCUGUUGAAAAAAUUAUGCAAAAUAGUAAUGGAAAAAUUCUUCUUGAAGUCAAUCAAUAUGAAAAUAUUUCUCCUAUUUUCACUAGUCCUUUGUCAUCAGAUGUCAUUGGAAAUUAUUUUGUGAAUACGGAUGUAAAAAAAUUAAAUUGCUUAAUUGAUUUAUCAGAAUUGAAAUAUAAAUGCUUAUUUUUUCAUACAGCAAAAAAUCAAGCAGUAGCUAUUAAUUUAUUACACACUGAAUAA